AUGGUCGGCUCACUCUCGGAACGGUCGUACACAUCCGUGUCAAGCCUUAAAAGCGGCAUCAAGCGCCUCACAAUUGAGCGUUUACGGCACGAUUCAUGGGAUCGAACAACCAAGAAUAUGUCCUAUGACGACUCCGAGGCUGGGCAAGACCUACAGUCAAACCAGUCGCGUGUGCGUCUUGGAAACACACAACUUCUGCAACUAGCUCGUGAAGCAACAGAUAAGGUGGAUUUUCGCCGCCUCACGAACCGCCAGGCAUCUUUAAGCAACUGGAAGUGGAAGACUGUUGCCAACGAGUUUACGACAUUUUCUCAUGGGGACGGACUUGAGUCGGUGCAGGGGGUCCUAGCUAUGGGAGAAAUGAAAGCAAGCCUGAACGAGCUGUCGCACAUCCUCUGCACUACCACCGAUACGGAUCACGACAUGGUGAUGCGAAGCGUGUACAAGGAUUACAUCCACGGUGCAGUCGUUCACGUAGUGGAUCCAUCACCGGGUUCACCCUCUACUAUGAAAUCGGAGAUGGAAUCGAAGCUGACUGUUAAGACGAGUGCCUUUGAGCGCUCGCGCAUGUUCAAGAACCACGAGCAGUGGUGCUUCCUCGAGUAUUAUGAGAAGAUGAGCACUGCUGACGCCUUCACAGUGACUCUUGCUUCGGUGCCCGAAAAGGAUUUGUUAGCUGGCAAGAUGAAGGCUGAUUGUGUUGACCAGUUGCCGGACUUGACGGCAGCAUAUCUUAUUGAGAAGAUUCCAUCAAGCAACUCAGUGCGCGUUGUGUUUUUUGCUCAAGCUGAUCUUAACGAACGGCCCCAAUUUGACCAGUCUGCACCAGUCAUGAGCUACAGCUGUGGCAGUACCGGAAACCGUGGGAACAAGCUUGUUUGCUCGAAGAAGCGCCAAAAGCGCUUAAUGCGCCUUGCCGUGGGUGCGAGCCAGCUUCCCGAUGUUGUCCGCCGCCGCCGCUUCGGCAUCCAAUCGCUCGCUGACUGCUCUACGUUUGAAGCGAAGAACUCUCGUUGCACUUGUUGUGCAAAGUCGUUGCGCUUUCUUUCACGCAAAAAGCGCUGUCAUGUGUGCGGAUACAUGAUUUGUCACCAGUGUUGGAGCAUCCAGUCAAUGGAAGCCCGUGAUGGUCGCGUUUCUUCUGUGCGCGCUUGCACACGCUGUGUCGAGUUUGUGAAUAAUGGAGAUUACUCUUGUGUGGAUCAGAGGAUCCGUGGACGGGUUGAGAUUCUCCCUGAUUCACUAAAACUUCCGUCAGUUGACCCUUCUGGAAAGGCCUUGACCAACUUUCUGCACGAUGCUCUUCAGAAUUCCUCUGGCAGCAAGCGGAAGUCCAUUAUGUCUGUCAUUCGCCACCUAAUAAAUCAGGAGAAGGAAGAGGCAGAAAAUCGUUCGUCGAUGUCAUCAUCUUUGCGCCUAACAGACGAUGACGUCAACUCAUACGCCGACGCGCUGGAAAAUGGAAUGCUGCGCGUCGAGGCACUUUCGGUGGACGAGUGUGUACUUGCAAAUUUGGGUGGUCGCAAUUAUCCGCUCAAUGUGGCACCUAACGCUGAAACUUUGAGCAAGCCUCCAAUGCCCAAGAAUGAGCAGGCACGCCUGGUGACGUUGAUUAGUGAAGACGAGCAGCACGUGUUAGCAUCCAAUGCGCCACUGUUCCGACAGCUGCACAUGCCGCGAGAUGAAUCUUUCUGCCAACAUACGAUCAUGAACGAUGAGCCUUUGCUAGUCCCGCACCCAGAAGCUGACAUUCGGUUUCAGAACCUGCCUCCACUUCACGCGUUUAACUUGCGAUUCUAUCUUGGUUUUCCGCUUAAGGACAAGAACGACCAAGUGGUGGGUUCGGUGUGUUGUUUUGACACUACCUCUCAUGAGGUGUCUGCAUCCCAGUACUCGGCCAUGAAAAAACUAGCUGAGACAGCAUCUAAGGUGGUGCAAAUCAAGGGAAGGCAGGCCCAGCUAUCGACUUCGAAAGCAACCACGUUAUAG